AAAAAAAAAAAAAAAAAAAAAAAAACACAGAGCAGUUCAUCUUCCUCAAUCUUGACACAUCUUCUUCAAAUAUCACACGAUAAGGACGAACGAUUAUGUCAGUGGGUUUUCUCCGAUUAAUCUCGUUGAACACUCCAUUUCAUCAAUUUCAACUUCUCCAAAAACCUCUUACAUUCUCUCCUCCUUCCCUGCCCCACCUCCCUUCUUUCUUCCUCCAUCAAUACUCUCACAACAAUAAAACUCACUCUUCUUCUUCCUCUUUCUCUUCAAUGGACUCUCCUCCAGAAGGCUACAGGAGUAACGUCGGAAUUUGCCUUAUCAAUUCUUCUAAAAAGAUUUUUUCUGCCUCAAGGCUUGAUAUUCCUGAUGCUUGGCAAAUGCCUCAGGGUGGCAUCGACGAAGGUGAAGAUCCCCAAAGUGCAGCAAUCAGGGAGCUGAGGGAAGAGACCGGAGUAACUUCCGUGGAAGUUCUUGCAGAGGUGCCCUAUUGGCUUACUUAUGAUUUCCCUCCCGAAGUUAGGGAGAAACUCAGGCGUCAAUGGGGAUCAGACUGGAAGGGACAAGCCCAAAAGUGGGAUUGCUGUGUGAUACAGACACUGCGACAGCAACCUACACAGGGAUUUAUGGCAUACUAAAACCAAUGAAGGCUUUAAAAGAUAACGUUCUCUUCUGAACCAUUGAUUUUGGCAGUAGGAGUAAGGGGUCUGGACUCUGGAGACGAGCUGCCCAAAUUAACAUCUUAAAAAAGAUAUGGACAAUUUUUUUAAGUUCUUCAUCAGUUAAUACUGCAUAAAAGCUUUUGAAGUUAUGAAACAGCAUCUUCUUUAAUGACUUCCACAGCAACGUGCUUCUUAUUAUGCCUAGUAAAUUUUGAUCACCUGAAAGUAGGAAGUCUUUUUUUACAGUAGACUCCCUGGAUGGGAAGGGGUAGUUGUAUGCUUCAAACACAGGUUGAAGCCACAAGAGAUGUGGGCAGCUCUGGAGUUCUUUCUAACUUCAUAGAAACAGUUUCGUAGCCAAUGCAUAAGAACAGUACUACUAAAUUCGUUGAUAACGUCGUUUGUUAUGCAACACAUUAAAUUUUUUUUUUUGCUAUUGCACUAGGUUUUAGAACUGAUAGAUUUCAUUGGUUGCUUGAUGUGACACAUUGUAUGGGACAAGAAAGUUGGUUUAGACAAUAGAUACUGAAAUGGAGAAAGUAUUAGAUUC